AACAAAGUAAAGUGAUCCUUUGGAACAAUAAAAUGCUUAUUUUGUUUCUUCUUGCAAAUACUGCAGCUGUUGAGGAUAAAGAAAUGUUUUAAGAAUCCUGUCUAGCUUGCUUUUACAAUGACUACUCUUUGUGGAUGAAAUGAGCAUCACUUUUUACAUUAACUAAAGAUCAAUGUUAUUUUCUGUAAUUUCAGGUACUUGACCUAAGAAAUCAAUAAAGCAACAGAAGGCUGUCAAAAACACCUUGAAUUUUGGGUUGUGUGACAGAGGAAGAAUUGCUAAAAAAAAUUGUUAGCUACAAAAACUAAAAAUUCUGCCUAUGACCAAAAAGCAUCUACAGAAUUGCAAACUAAUUUAUUGAAGGCUGGAACAUGGGGUAUAAUGACUGACCAAUACAGCAGAUUUGAAGAUGAUCAUAACUGAGGUAGAAGAGUUGGAUAGAAAUUCAUGAAGAUCUUGUUCCUUGCGUCUUUGACGUCGGAAACUGGAAAUUUCUCCACUGCCGAUCGAAUAAGGAGAUGUCUCAGUGAUUAUGACACAGCUUGCUGCCUGCGUUGUGUGACAUCCUUCAAAGACAGUGAGUCAGUAAAGAAGUUUAUUAAAACUGAUGGAUUUCACUGUGCCAUUGGCAUACAUGCGUGGAGAGCUGGACGGCUGUUAUUAGAUUGUCCAGUCCCAUUUGCUUUAAUAUUUGGAGGAACAGAUCUGAAUGAGCACCACAGGGACAAAGAGAAGUUUGUGACCAUGAGCAAAGCCAUCAAUAAGGCAAAAUCCCUAGUGGCAUUCAGCAGUUCAAUGAAGAACCAAGCCAUGGCUAUAUGGCCAAAUUGUGAAGAGAAAAUAAUUUUACAAGCACAAGCAGUUAGUGUUGAACCAUCAGGAUUUCUGUUCCAUGACUAUUUCAAACAAGUCAUUGAUGCACAGAAACAACAUCAAAUUUCAAAUGGUUACCUCAGUCCUAAACAUUCUGGCCUUACUGUGUUUAUGUUGGUUGCUGGUUUAAGGCGAGUGAAAGACCCUCUUUACCUGGCAGAAUCAAUAUCAGAGUGGCAUAAAGAUGACAAUAGCAUCCACUUUGUGAUAGUAGGACCAGAGCUUGACACUGAAUUCGCCACAGAGAUCAAAUCUAAAGUGCAGAGGUUUCCAGGUGUUUACAUUUUUCCACCAUUACCAGCACGUGAUCUCCAUGCAGCAAUGCAAAACUGCUUCGCUGUUGUGAACAGUUCAACCAGUGAAGGAAUGGCAUCUGCACUUUUAGAGUCCAUGGCACUUGGUGUUCCAAUACUGGCACGAAACAUUCCUGGAAACUCUGCUGUAAUAAAACACAGAGAAACUGGUAUUCUCUACAAUUCACCUGAGGAAUUUGUCGCACUUGCCAAAGAGUUAAAGAAAUCUCUUACACUUCGCAAGUACAUAACAACGAAUGCAAAAAAUUAUGUUGGUGAGCAUCACUCUCUCGAAAAGGAAACUAAGACAUACAAGUGGCUUGUGGACAAACUUGUUUCACUUCAGCGAAAACAGUGUGGAUCCACCUGCGAGGCUUGAAAACUGAGAAACUCUGAUGGAGCAGAUAUCUUGAAGAAUAUGCAUAAGGCUUCUGAUGGAGUCAAAAAUGGAAAACGUGGUGAAGCUUUGUUCAGAAAUUCCUGAAGUAGAAGUGGGGUUAAUGGUCUGGAUUGAAGGGUCGUGAUGCUAAAUCGGCGCCACGGGAACUCAGCUGAAUGCACCGCUCCGGUUGCAAGAACUCUGACACGUUACACUCGUAUAAAGUGAUGGCCAAUACGUGCUGGUCUUACAGGAUCAUGUUUGUGAGGUGUUGAUGGUCUGAGGAGAAAGUACAUUGUGUGGAAUUUAGCUUUUUUUGCCAUAAUCCCGAGUAAAACCGCGCUGAGUGACAAGCCAAGUAAUAGCUGUGAACAAAGCUCAACCAUGAAUCACGAGAACAAAAACUGCAGGGAUAAAAGAGCAACGUGUGUAUUUCUCAGGUUUGAAUAAAAGAAUUUUGACCCCUUGUA